UUUUUCAAGGUGUAAGGAAAGUAUUUUAGUUUUCACUUGAUGGUUACACCAAGUGACGUUUGACUGCUUUUUUUCAAAUUACACAAUUAAUUGAAAAAUUUUCAAAAAGUUUUUAAAAAAUGUAAGAAUCCAUCUUGAAUUCAAGUAAUAUAUAUUUUCAUUGGCCCAUAAUUCUCAGUCACAAUACAAUAUGUGUUUAUAAGACACUCACAAUUUCCUUGUUUGACACGUUGCAGUGAAUAGCUCGGCAUUCCACUAAGCACAAUUCGGUCUUGGGAAAGUGAUCUGUUUUCAAAGACCAGAGAUCCAUGACCCAAAACCAUUGUUAGUGAACUCUGUCCUCAGCUCAGGACUGAACAAUACACCUUGUUUGGACAGGUGAUCUUAUUCCUAAUGUAAAGGAGGUUUUGAGUGAGAUAACAGGCUUAGACGUCUUUUGGAACAAAGGCAUCGGUUUUAAUCUGACAGCAGAAUUCCCAGUUGCCACACAUGCUUCAUUCUCCACCAAAGACUGGCACACUGAUUAUAAAAAAUAAUCAAAGCCUUUCCUAAAGGAUUUUUUUUUUUCAUUCAGUCAUGUUGUAUCACAAAUGAAAGUCAUACCAACACCCAAAUGCUGCAAAUGGACUUGUAAAUGAAUGUCAAUUAUGUGGGCCAAUUAGUGUGAUUUGUUUACCGUGUAAACAGAGGCUUUUUGUUUGUGCUCUCUGCAGAUUCCAGCUAAAGCUCUGUUUGUAUUGGAUUUUCUUUUUGAACAUUUCUCAGCUGCGAAACCUUUGAUUCUCCCUUAAUGAUUUAAUAUCCAUCUGUUUUAGAGCUAAACCCUUGUACAUGAUUGUAACAACAGCAAUAUACAGACAAAAAGGCCUCUGCGGUGGUUGUACGUGUCUUUAAAAGCAUUCGCGACUCAGGAACGGACCUUUUUUUUUUUUAACAUUUCCUUGCCUCGCUCCAAUUCCAAACGUCUGCUUUGUCAUAUUAAUAAGUGAACACAGACGCUGAAGAGUGCCUGAACUUGUCUAUGGAAUACUUCAGAAUGACAGGCCUAUCCUUACCCCUCCCCAAAUGGAAUUGGAGGGAUGUUACUCAUUUACUUCAGUGCUGCCGAGGUGUGGAUUAGAAGGCGUUAGGUGUCACCAUGGCCGACUGCUGAAGAGUGAUGUUGUAAGAAACCUCUCUUAAAUGAACUGUGGAUCAAUGGUCCCCUAUGAUUGGGUGUUUCCUUCAAACCCAGCCCUGAUUUACUGGGAUUAAUGGUUAAAGUUGGGUCAUGUGACUUGGGGAGGGUGGGACACCCAUGAAAGUGGAACUCACACCUGACACAGGUGAGAAAAGUUGUCUUUUGUAUGGAGCAUGAAAUGUUCUCAUCCAUUGCGCUUGUGGACAAUUUUGAAAUUCUAAGAAGUUCUCGUCCAUCUUGUAUGAAGAUCUGCCAUUCAAGAAGUCAUCGACUUGCUCUGUUUUUGGGCUGAUUUUGAGCUAUCACCAGAGUUUGUGCUACCCUUGACAGGACUGACAGGACCUUGCUGAAUUUGGGCCAUGUUUGGUACUGGGCACCUGGUGUCUCCUCUAUCUCCUGCAGUACUCCACUCUUCAGCUGCACACUUCUUCCCAGCAUUCCCCAGCAGGCUGAGUUCACCGCAGAUCCUCAUUCCUGGGCCCCUGCUCAGCUACGAACUCCUGCGCAGCUACCUGCAGCCGGAGCCCUGCAAACAGGCUCUGCUGUUGGCCACUCAGGCCGCAGGGCAUCAUGCUGAGAAUAUUGAUGAACCCCGGCCAGUGAAGCAGCGGCGAGCUCGAGCCAGCUACAGCAGCUGGCAGCUGGAGGAACUGGAGAAGGCCUUCGAGAGCACUCACUACCCCGACGUCUUCAUGAGAGAAGCGCUGGCCCUCAGACUGGACCUGAUUGAGGCCAGAGUGCAGGUGUGGUUCCAAAACCGCAGGGCUAAAAUGCGCAGACAAAUUAAGCUCCAGAGCCAGGCAGGGGAACAGUGCGGCAGGUGUGAAAGUGACGAUAGGCUGUUCGACUCACCCAGCAGGAGUACAGCUCCAGAGAUCCAUAGGAGCAACAGUCCAUGCUGGGACAGGAAACAGGAGAGAGGAAGCCCCACUUGGCCCAAACCCUCGUCAUCAGCUAUUCGCAGCCCUGUGAGCAGCAUGGUUCAGAGGACGAGGGAUCAGGAGGGGUCAGAGCUGUCCAGUAUCGAGUUCCGUUACUGCAGCAUUGCCAAACUGAGGGCCAAGGCCAGGGAUUACGAAGCAGAGAUCCACAGCACUGUGGCCAAAGCCAGCCGAGAGAGGCAGCUGAAGAAACCGGUAUUUGCCACAGUCCUAGAAAGAGACUAAAGCUGGCCAUCUGUGUACUGCCAUCCGUUACCUCAGUAUCACACAGCACAAGAAGACUCAUUCAAAAUCAAUUAUUAUUUAUUGUCACUUACUCAUUGUUCUUCCUUUUUACACACGCAAUGGGAUUAAAAUAUGACUGCGAAAAGCAAAACACAAGUUACAUCUCUCUUUAUUGAAUUGUCUCCUGGUUGUCACAAUGCCAUUUAUUGUCUGCAAUGGCAGAUUACUUUUUUUUUAAAAAGUCCCUUUUUCUUUGGCUGGUGGUGUUGAAAGUAUAAUGUAAAAAUUGUGAAUAUCAUUUGGAAGUUUUCUGUUCAUUUGCCUGUUUUUUUACUUUUUAUGUACAAUUGUCUAUAUACAGUCAUCAUCCUCUCAUACCUCACAUAUUACAUGUGAGGUUAUAUAGUAGGCCUAUUUCCUUUAAAAUUAUUGCUUUUUAGAGUAUGUCAUUUUAUAAAUUUGUAGUCUUUUGUAGCAUUUUGAAUGUCAAAAUUAAUUUGUAAGUUGUUUAAUAAUAAAUUUGUAACCACUUUGUGUUAAGACCAUUGAGAC